CCGGCCUCAUGCAUGAUUAAAUUAGUUGAUUACAUGUAAGGAGGAUUGACUUUUUUCCAAAUAAAGGAAAAGAAGAGGCAGGAGAGUAGUACUAGUUGAGAUGUACUGCUAACCAAAAUAAAUGGUGAGAAAUAUUCCAACCAGGACACAGUACAGUACAAGUAACUGCCUCGAUCUUGGACCAUUAUCUGCCUGUGUAUAUGUGGCCAAACCUAACCAAACUAAUUAACUAACCCCUACCAGCUCAGCUCAGCAAGCCAUAGCCAUUAGCCAGCUUGAAUUGGAUUCGCAUUGAAUUUGAAUUGUGAUUGGUCACCAUGCCACUUACCAGGAGCACGUACUAAUCUGCAAUUGCAAAUGCAGCCACGACAUGAGCCUCACUCAGCCACACAAACCCUGCACUGCAACCUAAACCUUUCCUCUCAUUGGCUCCUCUCCUCUCCUGUGGCUCUCCAUUAAUAAUCCACCUCAACCAAACCAUUCUCUCUCUCUCUCUCUCUCUCUCUACAAUCUUUUUCUUUCUCUCUCUCUAGUUCUUGCCCCAGGACAAACAAGAACCACCAAAUCAAAUUCAACAAAAACAAACCAAAAAAAAAUCGAUCUCGAAUCAAGAAAAGAAUAGGGUUGUGAGCUUGAGCUUGAGCUAAGCUUAGCUUGGUAGCUAGCUUAGCCCUAUGAGGAGGCGAGCAAGCUAGCGUUCCAUGAGCAACCCCUCCUCGCCGGCCACGUCCACCGCCGCCGGGGAGCAGCAGCUGCACGAUCAGGAUCACCGGGACGAGGCGGCGCUGCAGCAAGAACACGCCGCCGCCGGCAUUAUUCCCGACGACGAGGACAAGCUGUCGCCGCCGAGGUGCGAAUGGGAGUUUCGCCUGGCGGCCACCGUGCCGUCGCCGGCGCUCGCGGGCGCGUCCGACUCCAUCGGCAGCCUCGACUUCGACCCCACCGGCCGCCACCUCGCCACCGGCGGCAUCGCCCGGAAGAUCCGGAUUUACAGGGUCGCCGAGCCGUCUAGCCCCGCCGCCUGCAUCUGCGUCCCGGCCAAGCUGAGCAGCGUGCGGUGGCGCCCUGGCGGCGGCGAGGCGGUGGCGGCGUCGCACGUGGGGUGCGGCGACUACGACGGCGUCGUGACGGAGUACGACGUGGAGCGCGGCGUGCCGGUCUGGGAGCGCGACGAGCACGAGGGGCGGCGGGUGUGGGCGCUCGACUACGCCCGCGGCGGCGGCGCGGCGACGAUGGUGGCGUCCGGGUCGGACGACCGGACAGCCCACGUGUGGGACCCGCGCGCCCCGGCUGGCGCGGCGGGGUCGUGGGCGACGGCGCGCGCCGGCGGCGCCGUGCUGUGCGUGGAGUUCGACCCCGCCGGCGGGCCGCAGCUGGCGGUGGGCUCCGCCGACCGCCGCGCCGCGGUGCACGACGUGCGCGCGCUGGGGCGCGGCGCGGUGGCGUCCAUGGACGGCCACGGCCGCGCCGUGACGUACGUCCGGUGGGCGGCGACGGCGCGGCGGGUGGUGACGUCGGCGGCGGACGGCACCCACCGUCUGUGGGCGCUGCCGGCGCCGGCGGCGGCGGAGACGGCGGCGAGGGAGGUGCGGUCGUACAGCGGCCACGUCAGCGGGCGAAGCUUCGUGGGGAUGGGGGUGUGGCGUGGCGCGGGGCUGAUCGCCAGCGGCUCCGAGUCCGGCCACGUCUUCGUCUACGACCUCCGCUGGUCCAAGCCCAUCUGGGUCCACCCAUUCUCCCACGCCGACGCCUUCGUCAGCGCGGUCGCAUGGCGCCAGCUCGCCGGCGACGACAGCGACGGCCAGCUCGUCGCCGGCGGCUCCGACGGCGUGCUCAAGCUCUUCACCACCCACCGCCGUCUCACCCCCGACGUCGCCGGCGUCGGGGGCGACGACGACGACGACGUGGCUGCAUGACAGUGAGCAACGCAUUGCAAACACAUCAUCAUCAUCCUCCAUUAAUUAAUCAUCGCCACCGUGCUCGACCGUGACGCCGCCAUUCUUAAUUAAUCUCUUCUUUGUGUUUGUGUUUCUGUUUAAUCACCACAUUUUUCCUUCCAUUUUCUUCUUUUCCUUUCUAUACUAAAAAAAGGGAGAAAGAUAUGGAUGUAAUGCUCAAGUUGUCAGAGAGGAGGAGAAGAGGAUGACUGAUGGAUUAAGAUUCUUUUCCUUUCCUUUUUUUUUGUUUGAUUCGAUCGGUGAAUGUGAUCGAUGUGUUCCUGACAGUGUACACGCUGAUUUAUUCUUUAAACAAGAAUAAUAAUGCUUCAAUAAAUUUCCAUUUACCAUUGAUCCAA